UAUAGUUUUCUUUUAUUUUUAUAUUGCAAUUUAUCUCCUGAAGGUCAAGUAACCUGGUUUGGUUAUGAAAGUCCUCGUAGCUUCUGGGACUAUAUCAGAGUGGCUUGCCGGAAAGUUUCACAGAAUUGUAUCUGCAGCAUUGAAAAUAUGGAAAAUGUCAGUUCCUCUAGAGCCAAGGGUAGAGCCUGGAUCAGAGUAGCACUCAUGGAGAAACACUUGUCUGAAUACAUUUCUACAGCUCUGAGAGACUUCAAAACAACCAGGAGAUUUUACGAUGAUGGAGCAAUUGUCUUGGGUGAGGAAGCAAAUAUGCUAGCUGGCAUGCUGCUUGGGCUCAAUGCUAUUGAUUUCAGCUUCUGCCUAAAGGGAGAAGGUUUGGAUGGCAGCUUCCCUGCUGUAAUAGACUAUACUCCAUAUUUGAAGUUUACACAAAGUUCUGAUAGUAUCAGCAGUGAUGAAGAAGAGCUCAGGACAUUAGGAAGCAGCGGCAGUGAAAGCAGCACCCCAGAGAAUGUGGGCCCUCCCUUCAUCAUGGAUGACAACAGCUGGUUCAACAAGUGUAAGAGAGUGAGACAGAAGUAUCAGCUUACCCUCGAGCAGAAGGGUUAUCUUGAAGAACUCUUACGACUUCGAGAGAACCAACUGUCUGAAUCUGUCUCCCAGAAUAAAAUACUACUUCAAAGGAUUGAAGAUUCUGAUCUGGCCCAUAAAUUGGAAAAGGAGCAGUUAGAAUAUAUCAUUGUGGAACUUCAAGAUCAACUGACUGUGUUAAAGAAUAAUGAUUUAAGAUCAAGACAAGAGUUAACUGCCCACCUCACCAACCAGUGGCCUUCCCCAGGAGCUCUGGAUGCCAGUGCUGUUGCCUUGGAUACGUUGCUUUACCGAAAACACAAUAAACAGUGGUAUGAGAAAAGUUACCAAAGUCUUGACCAGUUAUCAGCAGAAGUUAGCCUUUCUCAGACUUCACUGGAUCCAGGCCAGUCACAAGAAGGAGAUGGAAAACAAGACACAUUAAAUUCAAUCAGUGAAGGUAAAGAAGAUACCCCUUCGUUACUUGGUCUCUGUGGGUCACUAACAUCAGUGGCAAGCUACAAAUCUCUAACAAGCCUAAAAUCAAAUGACUAUCUUCCAAGUCCAACAACAGAGAUAACAAGUCCAGGCCUAACUCCAUCCUGAAAAACUGGAAAAGCCAGAAGUUUCAAUAGUGGAAAUGUUUAAUUUAUUUAAGUUUGACUGCAGGGGAGAUAUUUCAAAUUUUACACAGCAUUGUUCUGGUACAUGUGUGGAAUCCUAUUGCUUAGGGAAUUCAGUACUCGAUGUAAACUUAUAAGGAAAGAACAUAGUAGUCCUGCCAUUUGUCACUUUAAAAAACUUGUAUUUCUCAUUGAGGUUUUAAAUUGUAUAGGCUUUUAAAACUUUCAGAGAUUCUCCAAAUUAAAAGUUCACUGCAAAUUGUACAAUAUUAUUCAACUGAUUUUUUUUGAUAUGUUUAUUCCAGAAACUUAAGCUACUGCUUUUUCCUUCUUUGAUGAUUUGAUAUUCCUAAAGAAGGCAACUACUUAAUUUUACUUUUAUUUAUUUCCUAAAUUCUAAUGUUCAGAUGCUGUACUUCCAUAUCAGGAAAGGUUCUGAGUUGUGAUUCCACAGUGGCACUUUGCUUUCCUUAAACCCACGGCCUUGUGCAUGCAAGGCAAGCACCCGACCACUGAGCUCGGCUUCCAGAAGCUCAGUAGUUCUUUAGCUCUUAUUACUUCGUACCAACAUUCCACUUAACAUUUUAUAAAUUUUGUAGGAAUGUGCCUUUUUAGGCAGUUACUUAUUUGUAAGGUGAUAGGGAAAGUAUUUUAUAUAUGUGUCUUUGUUUUCUCAAGAUUUUCUUUAAUCAAUUUUAAAAUGAUUAGCAAUGCCUGAAAAGUUAGCAACAUUUCCAAAUAGAGAAUAAUGAACGUUGAAAGGGGGUUAUAUCAGAAAGAUUUCAAGUUCAGUGAAGAAUUGGUGAAGCUGUUGAACAAAAUGUCUAGGGAACAACUAUACCUAACAACAAACAUCUGAUCAACAGUGCUGACUUUUCUCCCUUGUGUGCAACAGUGAAUCAUGACGUGUGUUUUACAGCCUCUAUCACUAUGCCAUGAAGUCAUUUAAAAACUGAUGUUAAUGUUUAAAAAUCCCUACAUUUCUUCAGGUAGUUUUUUUUUUUUUAUAAUCCAUAUCGUAAAUCUUUUUGCAAUUUUUGAAACUUACAUUUGUCCCUAAAAAUUCCACCAUAUUGAAAAUGAAAAUAAAUGAAGUAUAUUUUCUAUAGUAGUAUGAAGAAAAUAUGGUUAGUUGUGCCAAAGAAAUUUUAUAUGUUAUUUAUAUGAUGAGGCCACAAUACUUACUGGGAACUUCAUAUGGUAUUUUUGUUUAUUAAUAAAACACUGCAUUCAAAUAUAGUGGCUUUGACAUACAUGAAGAAUGUUCCUUCUAAAACAGUUUUUUGUAAGAGCUGAAUUUAGCACAUUCAUUCUUUGUUUUAGAAAUGUAGGUGUGAUGAUUCUCUCCAGUAGAGAUUAGUCUCAUAACCCAGAAUAUAAAAUUGGAAGGACAGUCUUACACGAGACAGUCCAAUGUCAUUUAGUGACAAAGGAGGACUGACAGCCCUUAUCUUAGCUAUGCCACAGCAUUCUCAGAACUUUUAAAGGCUUUAACACUUGUACAAAUGUAAUAUUCCUGAGAAAUGGCACCUUUAAUUUUAAUAUAUUCUCAGUUCUGUAUACCAUAUUAAGAAUGAGGUACCCAAAGCAGUUUUUAAUCGCUGUGAGAGGUGGAAGGAAGCUAUCAAAUGAAGAUGGUAGAAACCCUGGGAGGAUGGAAUGAGAAAAUGGAUAAAGAAGGGAACUUGGGGAAUUUUAGGCUGGCCUUGAGCACGACUGCUGCUUUACCAAAAUCUCUGAGGACAUUAAAAUGAUUUAUCACCCGUGAUCGUUACUCAGCUGAUAUUCCCUUCAGUAACUAAACAAAACUGUCACGUUUCCAUACAUUUUUAUGAUGUAUAAGGAAAUUCAAGAUUACUACCCCGUAGUUUUUCAAAUUUAUCUAAUGGAAACAGUACCUUGUGCUUCUUAAUGUGCUGCUAAGCGCAGUUAAACAUGACAUCUCAAGAUCAGGACUUUGUCUCCUUUCUUGGAGAUCCCACUAUAAAAUACAGCUGCUGUUGUGAACUUCAGAUUUCUACACAGUUCAUUUCACACUAGUUUUAAGUAGUUCGUAAAUGUUUGCAUGAAGAAACAAUGUAUGUCUCAAUCUUUAAUUUUAGGUGGUAGUUUUUAUGUUUACAACCCCUCAAAAGAAUGCUGAAAAUGUCGGUAUUUCCAUGUGUACUUUGUUGCCUUGAUGUACUAUACUUGUUGCAUGUAUAUUAAAGAUUUUGUACCAAGUAAUGGUCUUUUUUCUUUGACCAAAAGUUACCUGAUUGAAA